AUGUUUAAAUUUCUAUAUACUGGUAUAAUACCAAGUUCUCUUGAAUACAAACAGUUAAAAUUAUUAUUACAAAUCGCUAAUACAUAUCAAAUACCAACACUUAUUGAAAUUAUACAACAAAACUUAGCCAGUACAAAUAUCGAUGUUAAUAAUUGUUUACUAUUAUUGUCCAUGGAAAAUGAAUUACAAUACCAUUGGAUAAAAGUACGUCGAUUAACUAUACAAAUUGUAGCUGAAAAUUUUAGAUAUCUUUGCCAUCAAGAUGAAUUCUUGAAUUUAAAUUAUAACAUCAUUCAAGAUAUUCUAUCACAUUCAAACCUUCAAAUUCCUAAUAGAACAAUGGUCAAUAUGGCUAUACAUCGAUGGUUAAAUGCAAAUAUAGAAAUAUCUCCUGAUUUAUCACAAUCGAUUACAAUACUAGGACAUUAUAGGCAUGCAAGAAAUCGUUUUUCUCUUCUUUCAUCAAUUGUAUGCUAUUUUACUGAUGGAAGUACACGAUAUACGAAUAUGACAAUAAAUACAAUUAAUUCAUUUCUAAGAACAACUCCACAAAUAAUGGUUGGUCUAUUGAUUAAAGACAAUGAUACUCGAGGUCAUGUUAUGUCUUGUAUUGCCAAAACUUAUCCUUAUCGUAUUUUAUGUAAACAUACAUCCAAGACAUCACAUUUUAAUGAUUGGAAUCCUACACAAUAUAAAUUCAAUAUUCUUAAAUUUCUUGAUCAUGGUUUUGAUGAAAUUUAUUGGAUGGAUUCCGAUACAAUUGUUUAUCAAGAUUUAACAUCAUAUUUAGAAGAAUUUCGACGUUCUUCAAAAUUAUUUUAUUUCAUUCUUGAUCAUGUCAUGUAUGAUUCAUCAUUUGUUGCCAAAUGGAAAAAACAACAUCAAGAUACAUUUAUACCACAAGCAUGUUUUAUGGGUUUUAAAUCAUCAUGUAUGAGAACAUUCUUUGGUCUGUGGAAAAAUGCAUGGAAAACAUGGAUUGAACCAAAACCAUUUACAAUGUAUCAAGAUCCAAAUCCAGAUUUUAUUGAAUCAAGUUUUUGUACUGAACAAUAUGCAUUGGGUAAUGCAAUAUCUGAUUUCAUAGCACAAGAAUCUUUUUCACAUAAUUAUCCAUAUGAUUAUAGAGAAUUGAUAUUACCUAUUCAACGAAAAUUGAUUAUGAUUGAAACAAAUGAACGACUCGAAUUAUUUUAUCCAUCGUCCAAAUUACAAUCUAUAUUUCGUUCUCGUGCCUUUAUUUCUUCUUCACCUUAUUCUUUUGUUUUGAAUACAUAUUUUUUGAAGAAUUCAUUCUAUCGGAUAUCUAAUUAUCAAGGAUCUACGAACAUAUCCAUGUGGUGUUCCAUGUUUUCGUAUUCUUGCUCAAGUGAAGAUUCAUUUAUUGAUUCAUUUUUUGAUUGUAUAUUUCAUUUCUAUAAUCAAAACUAUGAAGCCGGUUAUGAAUGGUAUUUCAAAAACUUCAUCAAAUGUUAA